AACACUACUCACGAAUGCAUUCAGAAUAGUUGAAGAAAAUGGUUUUAGAAGUUUUACAAGGGCAUAACUUCAAUAGAGAAAUAGAAGAAUUCUUCUCCUGUCGCAAUGUACUCUCUAUUCUCUUCUCCCCACUUUUCUUUAUUUUUAAUAAGCUUAGCAGAGUUUUUGGAAAGAAACAAAAUCUGCCACCAUCUCCACCAAGGCUUCCGAUCAUCGGAAACUUUCACCAACUUGGCCUACUCCCCCACCGCUCUCUUAGAGAUCUCUCUCAGAAGUAUGGACCCCUCAUGCACAUACACUUAGGAAAUGUCCCAUUUCUGGUUGUUUCCUCUGCUGAGAUGGCUAGAGAGAUCUUAUCAACUCAAGAUGUUGUGUUUGCAUAUAGACCCUUUGUGACCAUGGCUAAGGGGACUUGUUUUGGUGGUACUAACUUAGGGUUUGCACCCUAUGGAGAGUACUGGAGGCAGGCUACGAAGAUCUGUGUGAACGAACUACUGAGCAUCACAAAGGUCCAGUCAUUCAAAUCUUUGAGGGAAGAAGAAGUUUCUAUCAUGAUGGAGAAGAUAGUUGAGUCAUAUAAAAAAGGAACCAUUAUUGAUGUAGGUGACCUUGUACUUGCCAUGGCCAAUAGCUUGAUCUGCAAGCUUGUUUUGGGUAGAACAUACCAUGAUAAUGAUAGCAAACUCAGGAAUUUGAUAAGGGAGGUGGUGGUUCUCUUUGGAAAGUUUAGUUUGAGGGAUUUCGUCCCUUUAUUGGGAUGGAUUGACGUAAUCACUGGUUUAGCCAAGAAGAUGAAAAGACCUGCAAAAGAGUUGGGUGAUUUCCUUGAUAAAAUUAUCCAAGACCAUCUCACUACCAGAAUGGAUGAAGAUGUGUUAGAUCAACAAGACUUCAUGGAUAUUAUGCUCAAUACUGAGAAGGAUUCAAAGCUCAACAUCCACUUCACUCGAGGUGAAAUCACAGCAAUCAUCUUGGACAUGCUAGUUGCUGGAACUGAUACAACUGCUACGACUGUGGAAUGGGCAAUGGCGGAGCUAAUAAAGAAUUCCAAUAAGAUGAUGAAAGUUCAAGAAGAGGUAAGAAGGGUUAUGGCGAAGAAAUCCAAGGUUGAAGAAGAUGAUAUCUAUCAACUAGAGUACAUGCACUGUGUUAUUAAGGAGAGCCUAAGACUACAUCCUCCUUCUCCACUGCUGGUUCCUCGAGAGGCUAGUUUCGAAACCAUUAUAGAAGGUUAUAACAUCCCUCCAAGAACAAGAGUUUUUAUUAAUGUCUGGGCAAUUCAUAGGGACUCAAAGCAUUGGAGUAAUCCACAAGAAUUUAUUCCAGAGAGAUUUCUCAAUUCCCCAAUUGAUUUUCUAGGUCAUGACUAUGAAUACCUCCCCUUUGGAGCUGGACAAAGGGGUUGCCCUGGAAUUUCAUUUGGAAUGGCAUCUACUAAGUUAAUUCUGGCCAAUCUCCUCUACUGGUUUAAUUGGGAGUUACCUGAGAAUACUAAGAAGGAAGAUAUGGAUAUGACUGAAGCUCCUGGGACUGCACUCCACAAGAAAAUUCCCCUUCAUCUUCUUCCCAAAUCCAGCUUCUAAUUUCUCAAGUGUCAUGAGAUUCCUGGCUGUGUGUAAGCGUACCCUUCUAAUGGAUAAUAUAUAGUCCAUACAAUAAAGAAGGAAAUAAAAACAUUAUAUCUAAGACCUAUUUGGUGCACCA